AUGGCAGAUAACAUCACCAACCGGGUCCAGAAUUCCACGGAAAGAGAUCCACUCCUGGGCGAUCGUAAACCCCGGAAUGACGAAGAAGCACAUAGCAACGCAGACCACUCAAACAGCGACGAGGCUGAACCUCUGAUCAAAGAGCCCACGACAUCAGAACUCGUCUUAGUCCUCUGCGGCACAUGGCUCGGUUCCUUCCUCGCAGCAAUGGACUCCACCAUCAUCGCUACUCUGACAGCACCCAUAUCCGCAUCGUUUGAUUCGCUGUCAUUGGUAUCUUGGCUUGCAUCAUCCUACUUUAUCGCAAAUGCAGCCUUGCAACCGCUCUCUGGCCGACUGACGGACAUUGUGUCCAGAAAGUGGGGCUUGAUCUUCUCAAACGUUACGUUUGCAGCAGGCAAUUUGAUCUGUGGGCUGGCGCAGAGAGAGUGGGUUAUGAUUUUCGGGAGAGUCGUUGCUGGAUGUGGAGGUGGCGGUCUCACUGCCAUCUCGACGUUUGUGGGCUCUGAUCUCGUACCGCUGCGAAGGCGAGGCGUUUGGCAAGGUGUCGGUAAUGUUUGCUUCGGAUUAGGAGCUGGCCUAGGUGCCGUCUUAGGUGGCUGGAUCAACGACGUGUGGGGAUGGAGGAAGGCCUUCCUCAUCCUUGUCCCCUUUACUGUGCUUUCUUGCAUUCUGGUCACUUGCUUUGUAAACAUCCCUGUGAAGCAAUCUGAGAGGUCUGCGUGGAAGCGGAUUGACUUUCUUGGUGCGUUUGGCCUGAUUACUACGUUGGUGUUGUUAUUGAUUGGCCUCAACUCUGGUGGAACUAUUGUUCCGUGGAACCACCCACUCAUAUAUACAACCCUACCAUUAUCGGCAGUAUCACUCUUUGCGUUUAUCUAUGUCGAGAAUACACACGCCUUGGAACCUAUCAUACCAAUUAAGGUAGUUGCCAAUCGGACAGUGCUCGCGGCUUGCUUCACGAACUGGUUCUUGACUAUGUCAAUUUUCUCAGUUCUCUACUUUGCACCGAUCUACUUUCAGAUUAAAGGUCUUUCAACAACUCAAGCCGGUAUACGCCUGGUGCCACAAUCUCUGGGUGCAGCUGUCGGAUCGAUAAGUACGGGCUUGAUAAUGCGCUGGACAGGCCGAUACUAUUACUUAACAGCGGCAAUAAUGCUUAUUUUCAUCGUUGCAAAUGUCCUCGUCGCAAGCUUCAAUUUGGAUACACCAUUAUGGGUGACUAUAGUAGCGCUAGGGAUGACGGGUAUUGGGUACGCAGGAAUGCUCACAGUCACACUCAUCGCGUUCAUAUCUGCUGUUGCACAUGAGCACCAGGCUGUUGUCACUUCCGCUUCGUACGCAUUUCGAAGUACAGGCAGCGCUAUCGGUAUUACAAUCGCGUCUGCUGUCUUUCAAAACCUUGUCAGCCGUAAUCUGCAGACUGCGAUUGGGGACAGACAAGGGGCCGCGGACGUAAUCAGAAGGCUCAAGGACAAUUUGGAGGUUAUUAAACAUCUACCUGAAGGUUGGAAAGGGGACGUUCAGCAGGCCUACAUGGACAGUGUGAGAGGCGUCUUCUUGACAACGCUAGGUAUCAGCGUUGUUGGCGCUGCUGUGAGCCUUCUCAUGAGAGAGCAUACCCUCUACGCGACUCUUUCUAGAAAAUGA